GGGUUAGAUUAUUCAGUAGUUUUUAUUCUUUCAUAGGGAACGGUUCGUGUUUAGUUCGGCAGUAAAAAAUCAUUUUUUUUUUACAGUUUUUAUAAACGAUGGACUUUGCGACAGUUAAUUCGGUGUAUGAAAAUCUAUUUUCAGCUCAAAAUUUUUUUGCACUGCACGAGCAGCAAGAAUUAGAUAAACAAAAUUACAUUGACAUGGUCAAUACUGCGGUCGGUGAUUUAGAUAUGUAUCGCUUUGAGGAUGGUGGCGGAGAUGCGCGCGGCUCGCUGCUAUUGGGCGAUGAGUACUGCAGGACCUUCAAUGAGGAUGCUAUCGCUGCCGUGUCAGCGGCGACAUCAUCGACAACAGCUGAAACAAGUGCUGCUGCAGCAGCAGCAGCAGCAGCAGCAGGAGGAGCACUAAUACCAGCAACAUCCGGAGCAGGCGCUGUCUCUUCUUCAACAACAACUGCUGCAACAACUGCAUCGGCAACAAUAACUGCGACAACAGCAACGACUGCUACAACUGCAACAGCAACAACUGCAACAACAGCAGCUACAACCACUACUACAACAACAAAGACAACAUCCUUGUUGCAGCCGAAGGACAAGGACGAGACUACACAACCAAUAGAUGAUUUUGAUCUUUUGACAAUGUUGGGCUAUCGCCCACCAAAUGACUGGGCUUCACAAUUCCGGCGUCCACGCCCAGCGCCAACCAUGCAAAUUAGCGAAGAGAAGUUCGUGCUACGCUUGGACACGAUCUUCGUGCUGGGCAUGCGUUUGAAUGUGACCAAAAAUGACAUUAUUGAAUUCUUUGGCAAAAUGGGACGCAUCAAAAUGGAUGAGCUGACCAUGAAGCCAAAAAUUUUCGUAUACAAAAACAAGCUAACGGGGCGCUCGAAGGGUGAGGCAACCAUAACAUACACUAGCCCCUAUGCCGCCCAAGCGGCCAUUCAUUAUCUGGACGGGGCUAAAUUUCUGGGCCAAGUGCUUAGCGUGGUGCCCGCUUACCUAUCAACACAGCCCGGCAAGGGCGUACGCUUCAGCUACGCCCAGGAGACCGGGAUCGAGCAACAGCGCCGUCAGCGGCAAAAGAAGUGGAAGCCCGCAUUCGAUAAUUGGGUCUGUGAGCUAUGCAGGAAUAGCAAUUUCGUUUGGCGUAUGAGCUGCAAUCGGUGUCAGGUUAGCAAGAGCACGGCCAUUGCCAUGGCAAAUGCCGGACAGAGCAGCACAUGGCGUCCACGUAAACACGAUUGGACUUGCGGCUACUGCUUCAAUGUUAAUUUUUGGUAUCGUCAGAAAUGCAAUCGCUGCAGUGCGCCCAAAGCUGAGCUACAUUCCAGUUCGGAAUCAGAUAAAGACAAGUGGGAGCUGGCAUUUAGCCAGACCUCUGUAGUUUAGUUUUUCCUAGCUAGCCUCCUAAAUUGUUAGUUUUGUUCAUGUUUGCAAUAAAUAAAGAAAAAGUGGCGUCUUCACAUGUAAACCAAAUCGAUCUUGAUCCAGAACUUUGGUUUCCAGCUGCCA